AUGGCGUGCGUAUCAAAAGAACAAGAGUGUAUCAGUCCAAGGUACUUCGACAGUGGGAGUUCAAACCAGAUGAUGGGUACAGUGAGCAAUCUACAAAACGUCAAGAAUGACCUUGAUUCAGAGAUGCAAUCUGGUUCAUAUGUGCAAUCUAGUUUAGAGUAA